AUGGCUCACGAAAUAUCUCUCGACCCCAUAUCAACCAACCAACCCCACCAAUUAACAAGCGGCUUCACAAAACCGCAAGACGAAGAGGCGCCCCGCUCGGCCUUUGCCGUGGUCGAGCCCCCGGCCGAGCUAUCCACGCUGACCACGCACAUCGUGAACCCGCCGCAGGACUCAUUCCCAAAUGGCCAGGACCUGUUCCCAGACGGCGGGCUGCGGUCAUGGUCUGUAGUAAUGGGAUCGUUCUUCCUGCUGAUGGCGUCAUUCGGGCUCAUGAACUCGGUCGGCGUGCUGCAGAGCUAUUUCGCCUCGCACCAGCUGGCCGCGUACAGCGCGUCGCAGAUCGGCUGGAUCUCGGGCAUCUUCACCUUCAUCGGGCUGGGGCUGAGCGUGCAGGUCGGGCCGUGGUUCGAUCGCUACGGGCCCACGGGCAUUUUGAUCGCCGGCACCGUCUGCUACGGUGCUGGGUUGGUGCUGCUGGCUGAGUGCUAUCGCUUCUGGCACUUCCUCUUGACCCUGGGUUUGCUCACGGGCAUCGGGGCGGUGUUAUUGAGUACCGUCGCUAUGGCCUCGGUGCCGCAGUGGUUCAAUCAUCGCGUGGGGCUGGCGAUGGGGAUUGCCUUUGCGGGCGCCGGCUUGGGUGGUGUGUGUUUUCCGCUCAUGCUGCGUGCUGCCUUUACGAGGUUCGGGUAUAAGUGGGGGAUGCGCUUGCUAGCCUUGAUUGUGGUCGUUAUGUGUAGCUUGGGCGUUGCGCUCGUUAGGGCUCGUCUGCCCAGGGGCAUGAGUCGGGCGACGAUCAACUUGCGCGCCUUUCAAGAUGCUCGAUUCACGUGGCUGACGUUGGGCACGUUCAGCCUGGAGCUGGAGGUAUUCGCCGGUCUGGGUCUGUACCCAACCUAUGUUGUGAUGCAAGGGUUCAACACUUCCACCAGUGUCAUUCUGCUGUCGAUUCUGAACAUAGCUUCAACCGUUGGUCGACUGUUUGCCGGGGGAAUCGCAGAUCGCUAUGGCCGAAUCAACACUCAAACGGCUCUGAUCGCCGUGGGCGCUAUCGCCAUCUUCACCAUCUGGCUGCCAUUUGGGAAUACCUUGGCGGGCCUGUAUAUGUUCAGUACGGUAUUUGGCCUGGCGUCGGGAUCGUUCCUGAGCCUGGCGCCCACCUGCAUUGGUCAGAUAUCCAAGGCGAGCGAGGUGGGUGGGCGAUUCGGGAUCUGUUAUUCUGUGGUUAGCUUGGCGACGCUCAUUUGUAUUCCCAUUGGUGGUGAGAUGCUGGACAAGGUUGGACGCAAUGCCAUGGUGGCAUACCUUGGAAGCGUGCUGGUUGUCGCGCUCGGGUUUUUCGUCAUGGCUCGCUGGGCCUGUCUGAGCUACCGAUGGCGCUGGCAGGCGAAGAUAUAA